AUCAUAAUAGUCCGGUGCCGCCGCUAUACACGUGUGUCUGAAACAAUAUAAUAUUAUUAUUGUAAGCUAUAACGUACACAAUAAAAUUAUAAACCAUACAUGGUACAUUAUAUUAUAUUGUAUUACUUGAGAUCGCGGUAAAGUUCUAAUACAGUGAUAGUGCGCCGCGACGUGAUUUUAACAACUCUGGUACAAGACAGCCGAUAUAAUAUUGUGAGAUAUAGGUACAAAUACUCAGCCGCCACCGUGUGUUGUUGCUUUUCGUUUUCGCCGUGGUGUAAUACAAUAUACGAUAUGAGUCGUAAACAUCUUGGCGUAUCGGUUACAUAACGUUAUCAUAAUAUUAUCCGGCCAACAGGACCGGUGCCGAAGGAUAUGCUAGACCUAAAAGCUCACUGUUGUCCACUUUACAGCGGACUGGACUCGCCGCUAAUCCCUUGGCCGGGGCUCAAGUUUGCAUGCGUCCGAAUACUCGAACUUUACGGCAAAGUCUUCGGGCAAGAAGAGCUUUGCGAACUUAUUAUUAGGAAGACAUGCGGUAGCUGCAAAUGCACGAAAGACUCGCACGAUGUGCUGCACGAGGAGUGGGUCAACGUUCGCGACCGGCUUGGUUUCAAGCCCGUUCAAGACCCGGACAAGAGAGUGUCGAAGGAAAGGUCUUACAGCCAAGGGUACUCAUGGGUUCCUCCUGGGCUGCCUAGUCACAAGGUAGAGAAGUACUUCAACAGUUUACCGUCCAACAAAGUUCCUAAACUGGGAACGGCUGGCGAGAAGUACAGAGACAAGCAGGUAGUCGUACAACUACCGAAACAAGACUUAGCCUUGACUUAUUGUAAACAUGUGGAACAAAGGCAUCAUCAGAGCUACGAAGACUUCAUAAAUGCAAGAAACGAGAUAGCUUUAGACAUCGGAUAUGCUAGAGAAUGUACUUACCACGUGGAAUGUCCGAAAUGUAAGAAAAACGUCGAACCAGGUGAAAUAGGAGUAUUCGCGUCUAAAUUUGGCGAUACAGUUUUAUGGCAUCCGACGUGUUUCACUUGUACCGAAUGCCAAGAGCUCCUUGUCGACCUAACUUACUGUCUGUACGAAGAUCAUUUGUAUUGUGAACGUCAUUAUGCACAACAAUUCAAACCGAGGUGUUCGGCUUGCGAUGAGCUAAUUUUCAGUGGAGAAUACACCAAGGCUAUGAACAAGGACUGGCAUUCCGGUCACUUCUGUUGCUGGCAAUGUGACGAAUCGUUAACAGGACAGAGGUAUGUGCUCAGAGACGACCAUCCGUAUUGCAUCAAAUGCUACGAAUCUGUGUUCGCCAACCCUUGCGACGAAUGCGACAAGACCAUCGGAAUCGACUCUAAAGAUUUGUCGUACAAGGAUAAACAUUGGCACGAAGCUUGUUUCUUGUGCAGCAAAUGUCGCGUCUCGUUGGUGGACAAACAGUUUGGAUCGAAAGUGGAGAAAAUCUAUUGCGGAAAUUGCUACGACACUCAGUUCGCUGCUAGAUGCGACGGUUGUGGAGAUAUAUUCCGCGCAGGAACGAAAAAGAUGGAGUACAAGACCAGACAGUGGCACGAGAAAUGUUUCAGCUGCGUUGUGUGCAAGUCGGCCAUCGGCACCAAGAGCUUUAUACCCAGGGAACAGGAAGUUUACUGCGCCACUUGCUACGAGGAAAAGUUCUCGACCCGCUGCGUUAAGUGUGACAAGAUUAUCACUAGUGGCGGAGUGACAUAUAAAAACGAACCUUGGCACAGGGAAUGCUUCACGUGUAGCCAUUGCAGCACGUCGCUGGCUGGACAGCGUUUCACGUCCAGAGACGAAAAGCCGUACUGUGGAGAUUGCUUUGGAGAGUUGUUCGCCAAAAGGUGCACUUCAUGUGUAAAACCGAUUACAGGAAUCGGCGGCACUAGAUUCAUCUCGUUCGAGGAUCGCCACUGGCACAACGAUUGUUUCAUCUGCGCCUCCUGCAAGACCUCGCUGGUUGGCAGGGGCUUCAUCACCGACGCCGAAGACAUCAUUUGCCCGGAAUGCGCCAAGCAGAAGCUCAUGUAAACACGGCCGCGCACCUGAUCGACACGACCACCACCCCCGCACUCCAUCGUAUGACCGUAAUACGUUAUGUCCAUCAACGCCGUCUUUAAGUCACUAUAAUAAUAUAUAAUGUCAUAAGAUUUAACGCAACACACACGAGAUAAAAAAAUGAAUUGUCAAAAAAAUAAAAAAAACCAACCCGUCGUCUUUGUAUGGCUUACGCGAGGCACCUAACCCACCACCAUCACCACCACCAUCACCACCACCAUCACCACCGUACACAUACCACUCGGUGACGACGCAGUGGCGGCGAUUCAUUUUGUCCGUCUGAUAUAAAUUUUAUGUCCGAGUUCCGCGGCACCGGAUCCGCGUUAUUUAUUUAUUUGUUUUUAUUUAUUCGUACGUUUUUCAUGUAUCGACACGUGUGCCUUAACGUAUCUAAAGUAUAUCGUAUCACUAUAUAUAGAAAACAUGUAUUAGAUAUUGAUAAAUAAUAUAUA